AUGAAGGUAAUUGAUAUUCUAUUGUUACCAACAAGUAACUUUUUUAGAUAUUGUCUUACUGGAUUUUUGUAUAAUUAUUCAGUAUUUUUUUAUAAUAUUGUAAUUCCAUUUCUUGCAGAUGAUUAUGGUGGAUCAUCAUUAGAAUUAGCAGCAAUGAUAUCAAUUGGUACAGGAUGUGUUUCAAUUUUCUCACCAUUUUCAGGAAAAAUAGCUGAUAAAACAAAUCCAUUUAUUAUUAUGCGUUUAGGAAUAUUAGCAUUUAUUAUUGCAUUAUUCUUUCCAUUAUUUAUUAAAAAUAAAAUGUGGGCAUUAUAUAUUUCUAUGAUAAUUUAUGGAAUUGGUGGUGGAUUUUUUUGGGCUGUUAUUGUUGGUUCAGUAGGUAAAGAAGCACCUAAAGGACAAGAAAAUAGAAGAAGUGCAAUUUUUUCAGUAUCAUGGAGUAUUGGAAAAGCUUUUGGAUAUUUAUUUGGAGGAUUAUUAAAAGGAAUUCUUGGAAUUAAAUCAUUCUAUAUUGCUCUUGCAUGUCUUAUUACUAUAGAAAUUAUUUAUCCAAUAAGAUUACCAAAAGAAGUGAGAGAUAGAAUAAAAACAGAAAAACAAGAGAAAGAAAAAAAAGAUAAUCAAAAAUCAACUGAAUUAAAUGAUAUUCAUAUUGAAAUGAAUGAUUCAAAUAUUAUUGAUAAUUCAACAAUUAAAAUAAAUAAAAAUGAAAUAAUUAAUAAAGAAGAAUUAAAUUUAAAGAAAAAAGAAGAAAAAAUACGAUAUAAAUGGGAAGGAGGUGAAUAUAAAAAUAAAACAUAUAUUUAUAUUGGUUAUAUCUUUAAUUUUGCUAUUAAAGGAACAAAUUGGGUUAUUUCAUCUCAAUAUAUUAAACUUGUUAAAGAUUUUAAUAUUAAAAUUAAUUUAUUUGGUGCUAAUCCAAAUGAAAUGUUUGUUGGAGUAUUUUUCUUCUUUUUAUAUCUUGCACAAACAACUUCAUUAAUUUUAAUGGCUCUUACAACUCAAUGGACUUAUAGAAGAUCAGUUAUUUUACUUGGACUUAUAGUUACAGUUAUUCUUUAUUUAGUUAUGGCAGUAAGUAAUUGUAAUUGGUUAUUAUGUAUUCUCUCUUAUAUUGCUGGUUUAUCUUCUGGAUUUGCUAAUCAAACUUCAGUUUAUUAUUCUCUAAGAGCAUCUACAAAUAAUAAAGGAUUAUUUGUUGGACUUUCAGAAAUAACUUCAGGAAGUGGAAUGACUAUUUUACCAUUAGUUGCUGGUUUAUUAGCAAAAUCAUAUGAUGAUAAUCAUGUACCAUUAUACAUUAAUAUAUGUGUAAUAAUUAUAUGUAUUAUUAUAUUUGAUAUUAUUUAUCGAUUAAUGUAUUUCAUUAAUUCUAGAAGAAAUGCAAAAAGAUUAAAUAGAGAAGAACAUCCUCCUACAUUAUCUAUUGUUACUCAACCUCAAAAAUCAAAUAAUAAUUCUAAUGAAGCUGAUGAUAUUCAAAUUCCUGUUGAAAUGAUUCCAACACCACUUGCAGGAGAACAAGAUACUUCUCCAAGUGAAACUUCAAGAGAUAAUAAUUAA